AUGUCGGACACAGGUCCUCAUGACGGGGUCCAUGGUGUUGAAACCGCACCAUACGCGCUUGAUUCGGGAGUGAAGUCCGCGAAUGCGGAGAAGAUUGCUGAGAGCUCCGCUGCAUCUGAUUCCGAGCAGGGUCAUAUCGAGAGAGUCAACUUGAACAACAAUGUUUCUGCCAAGAUUAAGAACCCUCUCGCCGACUUCACUCCUCACCAGGUCAUCCGCGAUGUCAAUGAGUUCGCUACGGCUCAUGCCUUGACUGACAUCACCCCAGUCUUGGAGCGAGGCGCUCUCGUCGCGCGUGACCCGGCCAACUACGCCAGCGUCGAAGGCUUGACUGAGGACGAAUCUCUAGCCAUUCAGAACGAAGUCCUCCACAAGUGGAAGCAGCCCGCGGCCCUUUACUUUACCAUUAUUCUUUGCUCAAUUGGUGCUGCCGUUCAAGGUUGGGAUCAGGAGGGCUCCAACGGAGCCAACUUGUCGUUCCCUGAUGCUCUCGGAAUCCCGGAAUCAGGCCCUAAUGCCUCCCGUAACCAGUGGCUUGUGGGCGUUGUCAACGCUGCCCCAUACAUUGGCGCUGCCGGUAUUGGGUGCUGGCUCUCCGACCCCAUGAACCGUCUUCUCGCUCGUCGUGGCACCAUCUUCGUCUCUGCUAUCUUUUGUGUCCUCGCUCCUAUCGGUGGCGCUGUCGCCCAGACCUGGCCUCAACUCUUCAUCACUCGUAUCCUUCUUGGAAUCGGCAUGGGCUUGAAAGCCUCCACUAUCCCAAUCUUCUGCGCAGAGAAUACACCCGCUAGUAUCCGAGGUGGUCUUGUCAUGUCAUGGCAGCUCUGGACUGCGUUUGGUAUCUUCCUCGGUUGCAGCGCCAACUUGGCUGUGAUGAACACUGGAGAUAUCUCGUGGCGUCUGCAGUUGGGUUCUGCGUUUAUUCCCGCCAUUCCCUUGCUUGUUGGUGUCUACUUCUGCCCCGAGUCUCCUCGUUGGCACAUUCGCAACGGCAAUAUGCGCAAAGCAUAUGAGUCUUUGCUUCGUCUCCGUAACCAUGAAAUCCAAGCUGCGCGUGACCUUUAUUACAUCUACGCUCAAAUUCAGGUUGAAAAAGAAAUCAUCGGCACAAGCAACUACAUCACCCGCGCGAUUGAAUUGUUCACCAUCCCUCGUGUCCGUCGUGCCACUCUGGCUUCCUUCGUGGUCAUGAUAGCCCAACAGAUGUGCGGUAUUAACAUUGUCGCUUUCUACUCAUCGUCUAUUUUCAGCCACGCAGGCGCCAGCGCCACGUCCUCCAACUGGGCCUCUUGGGGUUUCGGUCUCGUCAACUUCGUCUUUGCAUUCCCCGCCAUUUUCACUAUUGACACAUAUGGUCGUCGUGCAUUGCUUUUGUUCACAUUCCCCAACAUGGCCUGGACCCUUCUUACCGCUGGUUUGUGUUUCUUGUUACCGGAUGGCAGUACCAAGCAAUUGGCCUGCGUGUCUCUGUUUGUGUACCUGUUUGCCGCCUUCUACUCUCCCGGUGAAGGCCCAGUUCCAUUCACAUACUCGGCCGAAGUCUUCCCUCUCUCGCAUCGUGAGGUCGGUAUGUCCUGGGCUGUGGCUACCUGUUUGGGUUGGGCAGCCGUCCUGUCCAUCACUUUCCCUCGUAUGCUCAACGCCAUGACCCCUACUGGCGCCUUUGGUUUCUACGCGGGUCUUAAUGUCACUGCUCUAGUAAUGAUCUUCCUCUGGAUGCCCGAAACCAAGCAGCGCACUUUGGAGGAGUUAGAUUACAUUUUCGCUGUGCCCACUCGUCGCCACAUGAACUACCAGAUCAACACUGCGCUUCCGUACUGGUUCAAACGCUACAUUUUGCGCCAGAACGUCAAGCUCGAGCCACUAUACCACUUUGACCAUGUUGCUGGUGCUGAGGAGGUUGUGGAGGCGACCAAGUAG